CGGGCGGGUGCGCGGAGCGCGGGCGCGGGGGAGGCGCGCAGCCCUGGGUUCCGGGCGGCCCCGCGUCAUGGCGCGCCUGCUCCGCGCACUGCCCGGCCUGCCCCGGCGAGCGGCGUCUCCGCGGUCCGCGCGCGGCUGGGCGGGCGGCGGCGGUCUCUGCGCUGGGGCCGGACGCGGGGACGCAGGGUCUCCUGCAAUGUGCGAGCCGCCUCUGGCCAAGAGCGACUGGCAAAAGAAACUGACUCCAGAGCAGUUCUGUGUCACCAGAGAAAAAGGAACGGAACCGCCUUUCAGCGGGUCCUACCUACAUAACAAGGAGACAGGAAUGUAUCACUGCGUGUGCUGCGACAGCCCACUUUUCAGUUCUGAGAAGAAGUUCUGCUCGGGCACUGGGUGGCCUUCGUUCUCCGAGGCCCACGGAACGGUGGGCUCUGACGAGAGCCACGCGGGGAUCAUCAGACGCCGGGACACAUCGCUGGGGCCGGCUAGGACGGAGGUCGUCUGCAAGCAGUGUGACGCUCACCUUGGCCAUGUGUUUCCUGACGGACCUGGGCCCACUGGUCAGAGGUUUUGCAUCAACAGUGUCGCACUGAAGUUUAAACCAAGCAGAGACUGACUUCCCAAGGGCCUCCUUUCCAAGGCCAAGCUUGCUGUUGGCACCAAGGGUUAGCUCUACAUCAGGAAUCUCAACACUACCAAGAGCUGUGCGAGUCUGAAUCCCUGUGACGCAGACCCCGGUGGCUACGCUUCUGCUUGUGUCCUACUUUAGACGUAUGAGAACGUCCGUCGAAAGCCACAGCACUCCCCUGGAGAUGGCGUUUGCUUUUCAGGCCUUCUGUGGCCCCAGAACUGCUGGGAAAAUGGUGUCUCCAAAUGUCAGCCAAGUUCUUGAAAUGCCCUCCCUCCUCCUCACACCUCCUCACCAUCCAUCCCACACCCCAGGCCAGGGACCCUUCUCAGAUCCCACACACUGCCUGUGUCAUUUGGUAUUGCUCCGAUUCCAUUAUAUAUUUGUUUUAAAUCUGGCUUCCUUACUAAACUGUUGCAUCCCAGGAGCCAGUAGAUGCUUAUGGAAUAAGCAAUUAAUGUCUUAAUGGAUGAAACAUAAAAUAGUAAGAACAAAGGUUUAGCAGGUACUUCUACAUGCAGCCCCGGUCCGAGCACUAAUUUAAUUGUUAGCUCAUUUAGUCCCUAGAGAGGCCUAAUGGAAUGGGUACAUUCUAUCCACAUUUUGAAAUCAAGGAAACCGAGGUGAUGGCCGAGGGGAACUAAGUUGCUGGCCCAGGGUCACAAGCAGUGUGAGCCUGGGUGGGUAUUUGAGUCCAGGGAGGCUGAGGCAGAACCUGCGCACGCAAGCGUGGCAUCACCAGGAGCUGCUCCGGAGAAAUGACGAGAGGGUGGCUGAGCAGGUGCUGCUUCCUGACUCCUCCAAGGGUGCUGAUUAAUGGAUUGUGGAUUAAUUGACAACCGAGGACCCUGAGCAGAGUAACAUGAGGCUUUCCUCGGUGUAUCAGGCAGGGAAAAGGUGAAGCUGCUGUAACAAGAGACCUCCAAAUACAGUGAUUCAAGAUCAGAAACUCUUAUUUCUCAUAAUAGUCUGGCAUGAGCGUUUUGGGCCAGUGGGCAGCUGUGCUCCUUGUGGUCACCCAGGGCCCCAAGCUCUUCUAGCCUGGGGGUGUCAUCCUCUGUGGGUGAGGCUGGACCCCCUGGUGAGCAGAUCCCAGUCAACAAGAUGGCAGAAGAAGAGACCAUGGGGAGAGGGCCAGGCUCACUGUCUUUGAAGUAAGCAUGUUCUCAGAGCCAUGUGUAGCUGCUGGGAAGUGGCUCACUCAUCAGCCAAGCACCCAGCUACAAGUCGGUUACUAUGGAAAUGGACAAAAGGGGGUUUGGGUGGGGAGUGUGCCAUUUCCACCACACCCAGUAAACAGGCUGUGCCAGUCAUUUAUCCUUAUUCCAUAAGGAUAAAUCUUAACUGCUCAUUAGAUUAUAGGGUCAAAACAGUCAAUAUAUUUGACAGCAGCUGAGGGUUUUUUAAAAUCAUAAACUUAGGCAAUGAUUUCUUAGAUCUGACCCCAAAAGCAUAUGCAAUGAGAGAAAAACUAGAUAAACUGAACAUCAUCAGAAUUAAAAUGUUUGUGCUCAAAGGAUGCCAUCAAGAAAGGGAAAGGCAACUCACAAAAUGGGAGAAAAUUUUUGCAAAUCAUACAUCUGAUAAGUAACUUGCAUCUAAUGUGUAUAAAGAACUGUUACGACUCAAUAGCAAGAAGACAAAUAGCCAAGUAAAAAUAGGCAAAAUAUGUGAAUAGAGAUUUCUCCAAGGAAGACAUACUAAUGGCCAAUAAGCACCUGAAAAGAUGUUUAACAUGUAGCCAUCAGGAAAAUGAAAAUGAAAAACACAAUGAGAUGGCAUCUCACACCCACUAGGAUGGCUAGAAUUAAAAAGACAGAUAGAGAACAGGUGUUGGUGAGGAUGUGAUGUGGUGAAGUUGGAACCCUUGUAGACUGCUGGUGGGAAUGUAAAAUGGUGCAGCCACUUUGGGAAACAAUCUGGCAGGUUUUAAACAUAGAUUACCAUAUGGUCCAGCAGUCCCACACCUAGAGAAAUGAAAACAUAUGUCCAGGCAAAAACUUGCCCACAAAUGUUCAUAAUAGUAUUAUUCAUAACAGACAAAUUGUGGAAACAACCCCAGUGUCCAUCAACUAUGAGUGGAUAAACAAAAUGUGGUCUAUCCAUCUGAUGGAAAAUUAUUCACCCAUAAAAAUGACGACCAUCACUUCUUCUUGGGGUAGUGACAGUGUUCUAAAAUUGAUUGUGGUGAUGGAUAAAUGCAUAGCAAAUAUACUAAAUGUAUUAAAAGCUGUUGAACUGUGCACUUCAAAUGAGUAAAUUGUAUAGUCUGUGAAUUACAUUUCAGUAAAGCUGUUCAAAAAAUCACAACCAGCUAGAACAAUGGGCUCAACUAACAAGGUGAGAUUUAUUAUAGCUCCAUGGAACAUCCAACUCUUAGGCUCUGAAAAUCGGCUGCACAAGUGCAGGAUGAUGUGGCUUAACAGUGACACCAGUGGAAGGAUUUAGGGAGUUGAGCACACCAUAAGCUCAGUGUGGACGAGGAGCGGAACAGAGCCACCCAAACAGUUAAAUGUGCUUCCCCGAAGCUUGUCCUUGCCCAGUUGAACUCCCAGUGGCCUGACAUGAGCUUUCAGGCAGCGGGGAUUUGGGGAAACAGUCAACAAGGACGCCCAUCUCAGUUCCAAACUCGCUAUUAGGGAAAGCAAACAUGGGAAAUGGAAACCUUCGUGGCAGCUCCUGUCAGAGGGCUCUGCCUUGGGGUGGGGUCCCGCCCGGCUGUGACCGACGUCCCUCGUGCACCUGCUGGGGUCUCAGCGCACAUCGGAGCAGGGAGCUCCUUUUCUCUGGGGCUGUUUCUGCAGUGGGGGAGGGCAGUCAAAUGCCAAGUUUCCUGUGGACAGGCUCACGGGAAAGAGGACAGUAGAGCUCAGAUGGGUUUGAAAAGAAGAAAAUCAAAAUCCUACUAGUGUGAUAAUUUUUAAAAACCUCCCAAUUAUGCUUCCUUAUCACUCCCUAAAACUCCCAAAAUGUCAGCUUUACUUUUUCCCUAUUUGCACGCCUAUCCUAACAGAAAAUAAUGUGAGGAUUAGAGAUUGAAAAUUUAAGCCAUGGGAAGGUUUUGACUUUACUUUUGAGCUUCCUGGCAUCAAAGGGUGUUCUUUUUUACUUUUAUUUUUUAUUCUUAUUCUGAUUCUUUCUGGUGCAAGGAAAAUGUUCAAAAAUAGAUUGGGAUGAUGGAUGUGUAACUAUAUGACAGUACUGUGAACAGUUGAUUGUACACCAUGGAUGAUUGUAUGGUAUGUGAAUAUAUCUCAAUAAAACUGAAUUUAAUUUAAAAAAGUAAAGUGGGAAAUAUAAACAGUCUAAUCAUGGAGAAUGUCUUUAGUAAAUCAGUAUUUUUAGAAGCUCAGGAGGCAUUACUAUGGAGAAUACUUUGGAAUAGGGAGAGACCAGAGGUAAAAACUAGGGAAGUCCCUACUACAGUCACUGAGAUGUGAGAUGCUGAGGGUCUAACCAGGGUAACAGUAGUAAUAAGAAUUAAAUGAUUAAAAAUGGAAAUAACUGAAAUGGUGGAACUGCAACCCAUAACAUUCUUUGAAAAUUGCUCUGUAACUACUUGUUAAAUCAUACUUUGAAAGUUAUCA